UCCUCGUGGUGUAAAGUGCGUAUUAUUUUCCGCAGCACAAGGUAUGUAUGAACUACGAUUGAAGACUUUACGAUAAAACUAUUUGAUAUCAUCCUUCUCGUCUCUCUUCCCGACCCAUCAUAUUUAACGCGUACAUGUUAUGUACGACAAUUGUCAAAGGCAAUGUUUUGAGACGUCUCGUCUCGUCGUGACAAUUCGCUGACCCGUUUCACCCGUCCCGUCCGUGAAUCUCUGCUCCACCUUCCGCCUGGAUCGGAGUCCGGAGUCGUUGUCUUCACGCGCGGCCUUUCCGAGUUAGCAACUCCGUGCUCGCCUUCCAGGCAAUGUCAGGAAGUGCACUCUCGGCCGAGCGCUAAAUCGUGAUUUGUCGCAAUCGAGACCCUUUGAGAAUGGCCGAUGAGCUGGUGGAAACACCACGGGGCCUCAAUAACGAGGACACCGAGUGCAUCGUCGAUGCCGAGAUCGACGGCGAUGAUGAUGACUCCGACGGGGUCAUAGUUCCAGAACUUCAGGGUACACUAUCCAAAUGGACAAAUUACAUACAUGGCUGGCAAACUAGAUUUAUUGUACUCAAAGAUGGUACUUUGUCUUAUUACAAAUCCGAGCAGGACAGUGGAUACGGAUGUCGCGGUUCGAUUAGUUUGUAUAAAGCUAAUAUCAAGGCACAUCAGUUUGACGAAUGUAGAUUUGAUGUGUCCGUAAACGAUUGUUUGGUUUGGUAUCUAAGGGCAAAUAAUCCAGAAGAGAAGCAGCGAUGGGUAGAUGUCUUAAAGUCUUACAAGUCAGAAUCCGGCUAUGGAAGCGAGAAUAGUCUCAAACGACACGGUAGUGCCAUUUCGCUCGUAUCAAAUACACAAUCGACAACGAGUGCCGGUAGCCUUACUAAACGUGGCAUUAGAGGAUUGAAGGAAAAGUUGGCCGAAAUUGAAACGUUUCGAGACAUUCUAAUCAAGCAGAUCGAUACUCUGCAGAAGUAUUUCGACAAUUGUGCAGAAAAUGCCAAGAAUACUUCUAAGGAAGAAAAGGUAAUCGAGACAAUGUUUAAUCCAGCCGAACAAUCGGUGGAUUUCAAAGGGGAAGCGAUAACGUUUAAAGCGACCAGUGAAGGAGUAUUGGCGACCUUACAGCAUUGCGUCGAAUUGAUGGUACAGCGAGAGGAUGCAUGGCGCCGUAGAUGGGAGAAGGAAGUUGAAAAGAAACGAAAAUUGCAAGAACUUUAUAAAGCUCUGAAAGAUCAAAUUGCCAUGCAUCAUAACGGCUCUCCAAGGCCUAGGGUUGUUAUACACGGAGGUCCUGAUUACGAGGAAGGUCCGCAUAGUGCUCUUUGCGAUGAAGAAUUUUACGAUGCCGUCGAGACGGGCUUGGACAAAAUCGAGGAGGAGAAUCAAUUAAGGGAUCGUUUAAAACAGAAAUCUGUCUCAAUUUUGACAUCCCUCACCACAACAGCAUCUACGCAUAGGCUAUGGCCAGAAAUAGAAAAAAUUACGAUGGAACAGCUACAUUAUGCUCGGCUCGGCGUAGGCGGAGCGGGUGGUUGGCAAUUAUUCGCCGAAGAUGGUGAUAUGCGGAUGUACCGACGGGAGGAGGAGGCCGAUGGAUUGGUUGUAGAUCCUCUCAAAGCGUGUCACGUCGUUAAGGGGGUGACCGGUCACGAAGUCUGUGAAAUAUUUUUCAGUCCCGAAUAUAGAAGCGGUUGGGAAGCCACUUUGGAGGACAUGGCAAUUGUCGAAAACAUUUCCAAGGAUACACUAUUAUUUCUGCAAACGCACAAACGUAUCUGGCCGGCGAGCCAACGGGACGCGUUGUUCUGGUCGCACAUACGUCGUGUAUCCGAUGAUCAGGAUCGCGACGCUCAUGAUUUAUGGAUAGUCUGCAAUCACAGUACUGAACAUCCCGAUUAUCCGCCAAACGCGGGUAAAUGCGUGAGAGUCUACUUGACGGUUUGUCUCGUAUGCCAAACAUUUAUUGAUCCUCCGAAGGACGAGGAGGAAAUAAAAAGGGAGAACAUUACGUGUAAAAUAACGUACUGUUCAGUUGUAAAUCCAGGUGGAUGGGCUCCAGCGUCUGUUUUACGAGCCGUUUACAAGAGAGAAUAUCCAAAGUUCCUUAAGCGUUUCACGAACUUUUGUAUCGAUCAAUGCAAGAAUAAGCCGAUCACAUUUUAAAUGUGAACUGAUAUGAAAAAA